AUGGGCUUCAAAGAGCCACGACAACUGCCCCAGGCUCCUCCGCUUUUCACUGCAACGCCCACUUCGAUCCUCCAAACCGCCGAAAGCCUGAUUGAGCAUCUUUUCUCGGUGCAGAGCCAGGUCAUCGAGCAGGUCCAGCCUGAUGACGCUACAUUCGCCAACGUUAUUAUGCCGCUCGUCCACGCCGAGAAUGCUUUAGCACGGGAAUCUCACGUGCUUAUCUUUUACAAGUCUGUUUCGCCCGAUCCAGAAUUGCGCGAUGCUUCGGGAAAGGCACAGAUUCUUCUUGACGAGUUCGCGGUAGAGAGCGCCCUAAAUGAGACAAUCUUCGGCCUGAUUGAUGCCGUGAUGCGCAAGAACGAAAUCCUCGACUCAGAGUCGCUGCAAUUACUGAAAAGGAAGCACAGAGACCAUGUGCGCAACGGCUGCAGCUUACCGGAAGGGCCUCGCAGGGAGUGCUUCGUCGCAAUAAAAAGCCAGCUGAGCCGACUGAGUGUUGAAUUCCGGGAGAAUUUAGCCAACAACACAGGGGAGAUAUGGCUCACCCCUGAAGAACUGGACGGAAUGCCCCAAGCCAGGAUAUUGCAGCUGGAGAAGGGGCAAGGAGAGAAUGAAGGCAAGCUGCGGUUGCCACUUGGAGGCUCGUCCUUCAACUCGAGCCUCAUGGUUUUGAAGAGAGCAGACAUUCGCAAACGCACCUACAUCGCCGGCUAUAACCGCUGCAACCAGAAUGUCCCUGUCUUCCGAGAUAUCGUGAUUCUUCGCGAUGAAGCCGCUCGCCUUCUUGGAUAUUCUAGUCAUGCAGCAUUUCGUCUGGAGGACAAGAUGGCCAAAACCGUGGGAAACGUCAACGCCUUCUUGGAUGAUCUGCGAGAGCGACUAACACCCGGUUGUCAUCAAGAGAUUCAAGCCUUGCGAGAAGUCAAGAAACAGGACGUCGAGUCUCGUGGAGAAUUCUUUGAUGACAGAUUUUAUCUGUGGGAUCACGCAUAUUACAAUCGGUUGAUGCUCGAGCACCAGUAUUCGAUCGACCAGCAGAAGAUUGCCGAAUAUUUUCCCUUGCAGCAUACAGUUUUCCGCAUGUUAUCAAUCUUCGAGACAUUAUUCGGUCUCGUUUUCCACGACAAUGGCAAUGAUAGCCUUGGAAAGGAUCAAGAAUAUGUGUGGCAUGAGGAUGUUCAGCUUCUCAGCGUCUGGGAUGAUGCCGAGCAAGGCGGUGGAUUCGUCGGUUACCUAUAUCUCGAUCUCUUCUUUCGUGAAGGCAAAAACGGGGGUGCUGCAAAUUUCAACGUGAUACCGGGCUUCAUUAAGGAGGAUGGCACUCGCCAGUACCCUGCAACGGCAGUAGUUUGCAACGUUUCCAAGCCUACGGAUGAGAGUCCCAGCCUAUUGAGGCACGACGAAGUGGUUACGCUUUUCCACGAGCUGGGCCAUGCCAUUCACGACCUUGUGUCCAAGACCAAAUACGCCUGCUUUCAUGGGACGGAGACUGUUUUGGACUUUGGAGAAGCCCCCAGUCAGAUGCUUGAGAAUUGGUGUUGGACACCAUCUCAGCUGAAGACGUUGGGUAAGCACUACUCGUCCCUUUCACCGGAGUAUCUGAAACUCUGGCAAUCAAAGUCGACUGAGAGCCAGAAGCCACCGUGCGAGGAGUUGCCGGACGACAUGAUCGAAAGCCUUGUGCGGUCGAAGUACGUCAAUUCCGCAUUGUUCCACCUUAACCAGCUUUGUAUCUGCAAGUUCGACAUGGCGGUCCAUAGUCCCGAAAGCCACACGGUGAUCGAGAACAUGAAUGUUUCCGCAACUUACAACCGGAUACGUUGUGAGAUUUAUCCGGCAGAGGGCCCCGAAGCUGUGGGCGAAAACGAUGAAUGGGGCCACGGUUACGUCAACUUCGGGCACCUGGUCGGCGACUACGACGCCGGUUAUUACAGCUAUUUAUUCUCCAAGGUGUACUCGGCCGAUAUGUUUCAUACCGUCUUCAAGGCAGACCCAAUGAAUUCGGAGGAGGGUCGGAGAUAUCGAUACGCCGUUCUAGAAAAGGGGGGAAGUCAAGAUGAGAUGAAGACACUUCAGGAGUUUCUGGGCCGGGAACCCAAGUCGGACGCCUUUCAAAUCGAGCUGGGUAUAGCGUGA